AUUUCGAUGUCUAUGACUGAGUUGCACGUAUGUAGCUAGCUUACUUGACAAGUUAUAACAAUUUGCUAUUUUGUGACACAUUUGUUGAGCGUAAUUUCCCACGAUAGUUACGAUUUAUUUUUCACGGGCUCUAGUUGACAACAUGGACGUUUUACGCCCUCCUGUAAUUAAUAUAGAUGGAAGAAUAUACCGAAGGAACGUCAUUCAAGAAGAACAGUAUGAGGAGGAAGAGGGUUUUUCCUACAUGGGACCACAAGAGAGCGAGGAGUUCGAGGCAGAAGAAACCUGUGACAUUCACGUCAUUGAACAGACUGAGAGAGGAUUCCGUUGUGCCAUCGACGUGCCAACUGUCCUGUACAAAUACAUCAUCGGGAAAAAGGGAGAAACGCGUAAGCGCCUGGAGUCAGACACAAAGACGUCAAUUAACAUCCCCAAGCAAGGAGUGGAAGGACAGAUAGUUGUCACGGGACCGCACAAAACUGCCGUCUCGUCCGCCAUCACGAGAAUCGAGGUCCUCAUCGACAACUUCCGCAAGAAGCAGCCUUUCACACACUUCCUGUCGUUGCCUCUCAAUGACCCCAAAAUCCAAGAGGGAUUCCUGAAGUUUAAAGAUGGAGUCUUGGAGCAGUGUUCACAGGACCAAGGAUUAGAUGGAAGCAUCUUUCAGAACCCGGCAAAGCUUCACCUGACUGUCGGCACCCUCACGCUGUUGGAUGACUCGGAAGUGAGGAAAGCAAGUGAGCACCUCCAGGACUGUCAAAACCUUAUCAGGGACAUCACAGGAGGCCAGCCUCUGCCUUUACGGGUGACGGGCGUCGAGUAUAUGAACGACGACCCCGGAAUGGUUGAUGUCCUGUACGCCAAAGUCAACGUGAAAGACGGCUCUGAUAAGUUGCAAGUGAUCGCCGAUCGCCUGGUGGAGUAUUUUAUCUCGCAGGGGCAGAUGGCGAGAGAGUGGGACAGAGUCAAGCUGCAUGGCACUGUGAUGAACACCCGAUUCAGAAAAGACACUACGGUGAAAGAGGCGAGCGGGUCGGGAAGACAAGGCACGAACGAACGAGAGGCGUUUGAUGCCAGAAAGAUAUUAAAGAUAUUUGGAGCUUAUCAUUUCGGAGAGCUAGAUUUGAACACGGUGUCACUCUCGCAGCGAUACUCAGCCGACUGCACGGGCUACUACGCCUCUGCUGGAAGUAUCAGCUUCUCCUGAGAUCACACUGCCCUCAAAGACUCUUCCAAGCCUUGGAAUUCUUUAUACAAAUGUGAUACUUGGCUGCCGGCCGGCAGUGGCGCUCUGAGGGAUUCUGUCCAGUUGGGGGCAGCAAAGGCUUUUGUUUUCCCCUCUCAAAGACCCAAAGAGGGGUCCGCCACUGUAUGGGAACAUGGAAUUCUUAAGAAACUAAUAAAAAUCAUGCCUACAACAUAA